AUCAAGGUGAUCUUUAUUGACAGUCAUUUAUCAACAAUUUAAAAGCCUCUGCAGGUUUAAAAUGUCACUAAGCAAAAGUAAGAAAGAAUGGGUGAAAUACAUGAUGGUUAUAUGGGCAUUCUUUGAAUGUUUGUUUUUUGCUGGUACACUCUAUGGCUGGAGCUCUCUAGUCUUUGUUUUCAAAGAUGAAGGAAUAUAUUCAAAUCUGUGUGAUACUUCAUUGAAUAACAUGACGUCAUCAGACUUUGGCUUGGAUUCCAACACGACAAGAAACGCAAUGAUAUAUAAUUAUGGUGAUAAUAUGUUAGACAAUAUAACUGUCAUAGAUGCUACCAAUGCAGCAGAUAUUAAUAACCUCACAGUGUUUUAUAAAACAAAUAUUAGUGGAGAAAUGUCUUACACUGUAAAGAAUGAAAGAGUUCAAUGUAAAGAACAGGAUAGCAUGUUAUCACUGUGUUUUACCAUAUCAUCAUCAAUAUUCUGUAUUAGUUGUGUUGUUAUGGGUCAAGUCAAUUAUAAACUAGGAACUAGAAUAACACGAUACAUUGCCUUUGUAAUAUUUGUUGCUGGGGCACUUUGUUUGGCGUUUGUCUCUAAAGCCGUGCCGUGGUUAAUGUUCCCCGGGCUGUCAAUGAUAGGCAUUGGAGGUUUACCAUUGUUUGUUACCAAUAAUCAGGUUGCUAACUUAUUUACAACCGGAAGUUCAUCAGUUGUUGGGUUAUUUUGUGGUGGCUACGACAUGUCAGCUGCCGUGUACCUGGUCAUUAAACUUGCUCAUCAAAGUGGAUUUUCUCGAAGAAACAUAUUUUUCGUCAUACUUGGUGUGCACUGUCUAACCCUUGUAAGCACACAGAAAUAUCUGCCUAAAGAUUUCAUAUAUCAACAACCACCUGUAACAGUAAGAGAGCAUACAGUUGAAAAUCCUGAUUCAAACACGAAAGAAAAACUAUUGAUCCAAGAAAACCCACGAUUGAAUAGACGAAGGGUUUCUAUAGCAGAUAUUCAACCAUUAAACAGUUACCUGCGCCAACCGUUGUUUAUAACUCAUAAUAUUUGGUUAUGUCUUUUACAGCUUCGGUUUUAUUAUUUCAUAGGCAACCUUAAUACAUUCUUGAACAGGACACUUAACAAUGAUGUUAGUAAAGUGAGCUAUUUUACCGAUGUUUGCUUCUACACAAUGAUGGGAGGUCUUUUUACUUCUUUUCUUGUCGGAAUUGUCUAUGAUGGACAGAAAGCAAUAUUUAAAAAGGGUAGUACAAAGUUGUACCGAUGUUUAAUGCCAGCACUAUUACCACUAUCUCUGGCAAGUGUUUUUGCUACUGUGCUGUCAGUGCUGGUGCUCAAACCGACAGAUAUCAUUCUGUACAUCAUCUUUAUCACCAUGACACUUUACAGAUCAUUCUUAUAUAGUAUGGCGGCAGCAUUUAUAAAUGCAUUAUUUCCGAGUCAAUAUUUUGCCGUAUUGUAUGGAAUAACGAUGAUUGCUGCGGGCGUGUUUAGUUUGUUCCAGUAUGCAUUGUUCAGCUGGGCGGAGGCCUAUUUUAAAGCACCAUUUCAUGUUGACAUUUUUCUUUUAUGCGUAAGUGUUUUAACUAUUGGACAUCCCGUAUUUAUGUGGUUUUGUGGAUGGAGGGAAGAAAAACAAGCCAUGACAGAGUUGUAGUAACGACAACCGCUAACUAAUAUUAAAUAUUGUUACUUCUUUGAUAAUGCUUUACACGAAAAAUAAAGUAUAUGCGAACUAGAA